UAUCUUCGGCUUCAGAACAACGCUCAGUCCAGUGGGCACUGAUGAUAGCAACACACACGCGAUGUAUAGGAAGCUCGGAAGAACGACAUAGAUAGUUCACAUUUUCGAACAAUCUUGUAGUUUAGUUUGACAGUAGGCUGGAAUUAUAGUUUCGAAGAGAAAAUGUUUCGAGCUAAUAGUCUUGUGUUCUACUUGGCAAUACUUUGUCUCGAAGCGCUGGUUUGUAGCGGCUGUCCGUCUGUAUGUAGUUGCUUCUACCACAAAUUAUCUGACGGAUCCAAAGCGAGGAGCGUCCUUUGCAAUGACCCAGAGAUCACAGAGGUCCCGUCCAACUUUCCAGCAGACACGUCGAAACUGCGGAUUGAGAAGACAGCCAUCACAAGGAUCUCCAGCGAAACCUUUCACUACCUCAACAAUCUGGAGUUUCUCUGGAUGUCUUUCAAUUCCCUGAACUCUUUAAGUGUAGCCAGUUUCCGUGGACUGAGGAGUCUGGAUGAGUUGAGAUUGGAUGGGAACGCUCUCCCUUCUUUCCCCUGGGAAUCUCUGACAGAUAUUCCCAACCUGAGGCUUCUGGACCUCCAUAAUAACAAGAUAUCAUCUAUCCCAGUAGAAGCAACGGCCUAUAUCAAAAACCUGACCUACCUGGACCUGUCAAGCAACAGCCUGGCCACAGUGCCUUCAGAAGUCCUGUCUACGUGGCUUUCUGUGAAACCAUCUCAAGCAGAUGGAGACAAUUCCAGAUAUAUUAUAGGAUGGGAGCGACUACCAGACGACAAACACUACGCUGACAAAAAACUGGUUGUUUCCUUCAUGACUGUAGGUCUCCACGACAACCCGUGGAUGUGUGACUGCAGGCUGUAUGACCUGGUCCAGUUCCAGAAGUCUCCGUCAUCCUCCUUGGCCUUGAUCGACCCCAGGCUGCGGUGUGCCGACCCGGAGAGCCUCUCCGGGGUGCUUUUCACUGACACUGAGCUCCAGAAGUGCCAAGGACCCCACGUUCAUACCGCCGUGGCCCGUGUCCGAAGCUCGCUGGGGAACAACGUCCUGCUACGCUGUGGCACCAUUGGAGUUCCCAUUCCAGAGCUGUCCUGGACCCGGGCGGACGGCAAGAAGAUGAAUGGCACCGUUCAGCAAGAAGUUUCAAAGGAGGGCAUCAUUUGGUCCAUCCUCAGCGUGCCUGCCGUCUCCUACCGAGACUCGGGAAAAUACGUGUGCAAAGCGACCAACUUUGUGGGGACCGCUGAUGCCAUCAUCUCCCUGGUUAUCACAGACUCGUUUAAAAAUGAGAAUGUAGGCGGCAGCUCGAAGACCAGAAACCAAAAAGGCAGGAACGCCGGCGGAUUUGGGAAAGCUGCCUACCAGGAAAAACUUGUUGCCAGAUACAUACCUCCACCAAUAAACACAGCGGCGACGCCCGUCACCGAGCCUCUAGGACCGGCCCGGUCCACGGGGAAGUAUGACAUUGAGAGGUACAGCGUUUCCUAUGGACAGAUGGUACCUGCGAUGAAGGAAGUGGUGAAGGAGGUGAUGAGUAACCUGGCGGCCAACGCCUCUUCUUUGCAGGUCCAGGCUCCGCCAGAGAAACGUGUGGUGCGAUCGGUGAAGGUGAUCGGGGACACGGACCACACCGUCUCCCUGAACUGGCGUGCCCCCACGGCCAAGAACACCACGGAGUUCAGCGUCCUGUACGCCGUGUUCGGCGAGAGGGAAAUGCGUCGGAUCAAUGUCGGCGUGGGGAAGAACCGCAUCACCAUCGAGGGGCUUGUGCCGAGGACAAAGUACAUCGCCUGUGUCUGUGUCAAAGGCCUGAUCCCCAGGAAGGAGCAGUGUGUGAUCUUCUCCACGGACGAGGCUGCCAGCGCCAGCGGAACGCAGAAGCUCAUCAACGUGGUGGUGAUCACUGUUGCCUGUGUCAUUGCCGUUCCCCUCACCCUGAUUGUCUGCUGCGGGGCGCUCAAGAAGCGCUGCAAAAAGAUGCUGGGGCGGAAGUCCAAGGACAUCCAGGACUCGUACGUGACGUUCGAGACCCUAUCCCCGGGACAGAAACCUAAGGGCGUGGACGGGGGGUACCUCGCCGGGCAACUCCCGGACGAAUCCAACAGACUGCUCUCAGCCAGGUCCAGUGUGGACUCGGGAGCCACUUGCAGGACUGAGGGCCCUCCUAACGAGUAUUUCUGCUGACACCGUUUGAUGGCCUCGACCUUAACCGGGCAAAACGCUCUUCAAGGGCACGGUUGGUUGGUGUCUUCGGGCAUGUGUACUGUGGUGAACUGUGGGCAAAUGUGUCUGUGUGUGGUAGCUGAGUGUGUAAAUGUGGUAAAUUGCUUGGAGGCCGAAGGGAGACGAGGACAGCUGUGUGGACACUUGCCUAUGAAAAGAAGCAUGUGUGGUGGAAAUGAGUCUACUGUAAAAUGAAUCUGAGAAAUCCAUGUUGACAUGACUGUGACUUUGCAGCCUUGUGGGAAUAAGUACCAUCCUUGACCUUGGGAAAUGUCAGGAGCAAAAGGGAAACCAGUAACCUUUCUUUUUAUAUUCAUCUCACCUCAUAGGCUUCCACUGCCUGCAUCUGAAUUAUCUCUCCUUGUGGGGACUGGAAAUAACCAAAUGGUUCCGAUUUCUUCACCUGUUUGGCCAUCUGGCUCCUAGUUCUUCUGAAACGAAUCGGAAUUCUGGUCGCUUUUUUGACCAAGUCAUGUGUAAUGUUGGAAGAAGCAGAAGUCAUUCUGUAUAAGUAGUGGUAUUUGUUACAUCUGUGUAUUUCCCAAUACGUUAAUGUGCCAGCAUUACUGUCCAAACCGAAUAAACUGUAUAUUUUUUAAUAUGCAUCUAUAUCCAAUCUGAUAUAUGUUAAAUGUUUGACAAAAUAAAUAUUUUUAUAUAUA